UCUUGUAUCCAUCACCAUAACCUCUAAACACAAAAAAAAAAACGUUAAUUCCAAUAACCCAAAAAAAAAAAAGAUUAACGUAGAAAAACAAGCCAAUGAACAAUAGCAGCUGCAUAGAAAGCGAGGAUUCAACGAAAUGGAUGCUAGAGAGCGUAGAGAUCGACCGAAUGGGAGAGGAAUCGACGACAGGAACCGUCAACGACGGUAAUGAAAACGACAACAAAAACAACUGUCCGAAGAAGAAUCCGAGGAAUUUAAGCGUCGGAUCGAUUAUCAGGACGUUGAGCGUCUCGGGAUGGCGGAAGAGCGGAAAUCUGGGGUCACCGGGUAUCCGAAAGAGCGGAAACUUGGGAUCUCCGGGGACCCGAAAGAGCGGGAAUUUGGGCCCACCGAUGGGGAAGAAGCCGCCGUUGGGCCCAAAGAGGGUCGAGAGGACGACCUCGAGCGCGGCCAGAGGGCUUCAGAGCCUAAGGUUUCUUGAUCGGACGGUCACCGGACGUGAACGUGAUGCUUGGAGAUCGAUCGAGAACCGUUUCAAUCAGUUUGCUAUUGAUGGGAAGUUGCCAAAGGAGAAGUUCGGCGUCUGUAUUGGAAUGGGAGAUACGAUGGAGUUUGCGGGAGAAGUGUACGAUGCGUUGGCGAGGAGAAGACAGAUACAUUCAGAAAACGGCAUAGACAAAGAGCAACUCAAGAUGUUUUGGGAAGACAUGAGCAAGAAAGACCUCGAUUGUCGCCUCCAAAUCUUCUUCGACAUGUGUGAUAAGGAUGGAGACGGGAAGCUAACGGAAGCGGAGGUGAAAGAGAUCAUAGUUCUAAGUGCAUCGGCCAACAAGCUCUCGAAUCUGAAGCAGAAUGCCGCCGCUUAUGCUUCUUUGAUCAUGGAAGAACUCGAUCCCGACCACCAAGGCUACAUCGAGAUGUGGCAGCUCGAGGUGCUGCUGACUCAGAUGGUGAGCAGUGGGGACACGGAGAGGAUGACGAAGAGAUCACAAACCCUAACUCGUGCUAUGAUUCCCAAACGAUACAGAACGCCGGUAAGCAAGUUCGUGUCGGUAACCACAGAGCUAAUGCACGAGAACUGGAAGAAGAUUUGGGUCAUCGCCUUGUGGCUCCUCGUCAACGUUUCUCUCUUCAUGUGGAAAUACAACGAGUUCACCCACAGCCCUCUUUACCAUAUCACGGGAAGAUGCGUUUGCGCCGCAAAAGGCUCGGCCGAAACCCUAAAACUCAACAUGGCAUUGAUCUUAGUGCCCGUCUGCAGAAAAACCCUAACUUUCCUGAGAUCUACCUUCCUUAACCGCUUCAUCCCCUUCGACGACAACAUCAACUUCCACAAGCUGAUUGCUUUCGCCAUAGCUUUCCAUUCCUUGCUCCACACGGGACUACACAUGCUCUGCAACUUCCCUAGGCUGAGUUCUUGCUCUUACGACACGUUCUUUGAGUACGCAGGGCCUGUCUUGGGGCUUAGGCAACCUAGUUACUUGGACCUGAUGACAACUUCAGUGUCGAUAACUGGUGUUCUGAUGAUCUUCUUCAUGGGUUUCUCCUUCACUCUUGCCAUGCAUUCCUUCAGAAGGAACAUCAUCAAAUUGCCCAAGCCCUUUAACAACCUCGCCGGGUUUAAUGCCUUUUGGUAUGCCCAUCAUUUGCUCGUCAUCGCUUACGUUCUUCUCAUCCUCCAUGGCUACAUUCUUAUCAUCGACAAGCCUUGGUACCAGAAAACUACGUGGAUGUACGUGGCAGUGCCGAUGCUGUUCUACGCGAGCGAGAGGGUUUUCUCACGCUAUCAAGAACGCAACCACCGUGUCAACAUCAUCAAGGCUAUUGUAUAUCCAGGCAACGUUCUUGCACUCUACAUGACAAAACCACCUGCGUUCAAGUACAAAAGUGGCAUGUACAUGUUCGUCAAGUGCCCCGACAUCUCCCAGUUCGAAUGGCAUCCAUUCUCCAUCACUUCUGCACCAGGAGAUGACUAUUUGAGUGUUCACAUAAGGGCCCUGGGAGAUUGGACCACUGAGCUUAGGAGCAGAUUUGCAAAGACAUGUCAACCUCCUCAAGCCACAAAAACUAGACCGAAUAGUCUAGUAAGGAUGGAGACAAGAGCACCAAGUAACCCCAACAUCGAAGAAUCGCAGCUCUUGUUUCCGAAAAUCUUCAUCAAAGGACCAUACGGAGCUCCAGCACAGAGCUACCAUAAAUUCGAUAUCUUGUUGUUGGUCGGGCUGGGGAUCGGGGCAACUCCAUUCAUCAGCAUCUUAAAGGAUAUGUUGAACCAUCUCAAGCCAAACAUUCCCAGAUCUGGGCAAAGUUUUGAAGGAAGUGUAGGAGGAGAGAGCAUAGGAGGUGCAAGCGUGAGUGGAGGAGGAGGAGGUGGUAAGAAAUUCCCACAAAGGGCAUACUUCUAUUGGGUAACAAGAGAGCAAGCCUCUUUUGAUUGGUUCAAAGGUGUUAUGGAUGACAUUGCCGAGUUUGAUAAAACAAACGUGAUAGAGAUGCACAACUACUUAACAAGCAUGUACGAGGCAGGAGAUGCUCGUUCUGCCCUAAUCGCAAUGGUCCAAAAGCUUCAACAUGCCAAAAAUGGAGUCGACGUUGUCUCCGAGAGCCGAAUACGAACGCAUUUCGCAAGACCUAAUUGGAGGAAGGUUUUCAGUGACUUGGCAAACAAACACCAAGCUGCUCGCAUAGGAGUGUUCUACUGCGGAAGCCCGACACUCGUCCGACCGCUUAGAUCACUGUGUCAGGAGUUCAGCCUCGACUCAUCCACUCGUUUCACUUUCCACAAAGAAAAUUUCUAACCAUUAUCCCAAUUUUUUGUUUGUGGUAACAACAAUAAACAAACACACACCAAAAUUUUUGAAUAUACUUUAAUGUACUCAAAACCAGAUUGGUUCUUGGAACACAAAAUAUACGGAACAGGUUGUGAUGUAAUUAGUGAACCGAUGUGUACCACUUCUACUCAUGUCCUGAUUGAGAAACUCUACAAAAUUCCUACACUUUUUUCCCCU